AUGAAACUGUUCUUGGUAGUUCUCGGAGUCACAGCAGCGCUGGCUGCUCCUCCAUUGCAGUAUGAGCCCAUAGUUACUGACUACCAUGGACAGAUUGGUAUGCCGGAGGCUGCCCGCAUCAAGGCCUAUGAAGAAGCCAUGGACUUCGACGGCUCCAGAAUUGUCGGUGGAAGCCAAGCAAGCCUUGGACAGUUCCCCUUCUUUGGUGGUUUACUUAUCAACAUGAGAGGUGGCGGUCAAUCGGUUUGCGGUUCCACUCUCAUCAGCAGCAACAGAGUGCUGACAGCUGCCCACUGCUGGCGAACAAGGCAGUUCCAAGGCCAAUCGCUCACUGUAGUGCUUGCAUCGAUGCGUCUCUUCUCUGGCGGAACUCGUAUCACCAGCAACCGCGUACAAAUGCACGGCUCAUACAAUAUGGACACUCUGAUAAAUGAUAUCGCCGUUAUUACUAUCCAGAACGUUGGUUUCAACAGUAAGUUUAACAGUAUAAUUUGA